AGCUGCGCUCUGGAGCGCGUGGCGAGGCGCAGGAGCAGCCGAAAAAGCCGGGGGCAGCUGUGUUAGGAGGAAUACGGCUCGGCUGCUGAGGGCUGUGUUGGGGAGGUUUCUGGCGCCCGUAAUGAAUGAAUUGUGGCAGGAGAGCGGGUAUAAAAGGAAGCGGCGGGGCUCGGGCACCUCAUUCCCAGCCCCGAGCCAGCCGCGGACCGGCUGCCUCCCCCCCCCUGGCUCGGCUUGCGGAUCCCCCGCCGGCAGCCCAGGAGAAGCAGCAUGUGGCUCUUGGAGAGGAUCCGUGGCUCGGUGGAGAACGGUGCUGCCCGGGCCAGCGACUCGGGGGAUAAGCAGUCCAAGGGCCCCCUGUACAGCAACGUGCUGACCCCCGAUAAGAUCCCGGAUUUCUUCAUCCCGCCCAAGCUCACAACGGUGCCGCCCGAAGCUGAGGGGGCAGAGGGGAAAGCCAAGCCCAACCUUGGCACCUCGGCCUCGGAGCAGAACCUGUCAGCCCGCAAGCCCCAGCGCAGCCCCCGCCUGCCGGUCAAGGCUGCCUCGGAGAGCAAGAACCUGCUGAAGGCCGCCAGCCGGCACAUCAUCCAGAUCGAGAGCGCCGACGAGUGGGCCUCGGAGGAGGACUUCAGCACCAACGCCGACCCCCAGGCCCAGACGGCCAUGUCCCUCCCCUAUGUGCCCAAGGCCCAGACUUCCUACGGCUUCGCCACCCUCAUGGAGAGCCCCCACACCCGGCGCAAGGAGUCCCUCUUCCACAGCGAGCACGGCAGCCUGUGCCAGUCGCAGGCGUCCUCGCCCAGCUCCCCGCGCAAGGGGGCGGCCGGGGGCAAGGUGAACGGGGAGAGCGCCCGCCUGACCCCCUCCGACAUCGGCAUGUCCCUGAGGAACCCCUACCGCUACUUCAGCGGCGGGGAGAGCGACACCUGCUCCUCGGCUGAGUCUUCGCCCUUCAGCUCACCGCUGCUGUCCCGCUCCGUCUCCCUGCUCAAAAUCUUCAGCCAGGACAGCCAGGCCAAGGUCAUCAAGCUCAAGCACCCGGUGGCCCGGAACAGCUCCCUCUCCACCGACGACAGCUCGGCCGACACCAGCCCCAGCUUGCAGCGGCGGGCGCGGUGCCCCACGCCCCCGGCGGGGGGCGCCCCGCCCCCGUCCCUCCUGCCUUUGGACUCGCCGGACCGCCUGCCCAGGGAGCACACCGUCCGGCUGAGCAAAGGGGGCAGCGUGCGGCUCACGGCCGAGUACGACGCCGCCAACGCCCGGCUGCGGGUGCGGGUCAUCGCGGCCGAGGAGCUGUUCGACAAGCUGUGCGACGCCCGGGCCAUCAACUGCUGCGUCUCCCUCUGCCUCAACCCAGGCAAGGUGCAGAAGCAACGCAGCACCAUCAUCAAGAACAGCCGCAGCCCCGUCUUCAACGAGGACUUCUUCUUCGACUGCCUGGGAGCCGGCAGCGUCAAGAAGAUGGCCCUCAAGGUCAAGGUGGUCAACAAGGGCAGCAGCCUCAAGCGGGACACGCUGCUGGGCGAGAGGGAGCUCCCGCUCACCUCUCUGCUGCCCUUCUUAUAAGCCCGUCUGCCACUCCCCUGCCCUGCUGGGAGGGGGUGGGCAGGGAGGCGUAGGGGGGGAUCAGAGGCCACCAUGAGGGGCGUGGGAUGCUCCCCUGGGGUAACGGCAUGUCCAUCCCAGGCUUUUUGUGUCUGUGUGUGUGUGUGUGUGGCGGAGGGACAAGACUCAUCCGACUCCCCCAGGAUGGGUCUCAUUUGCUGAUCGUUCCCUGCAUGGACGUGCCUGGAGGCGGUGGCUGCCGUGCGUCCCCUCAGGAGGCCGUGAGCGGCUGGCAAGUUGUACGUUCUUCUCCAGAGAAGCGGUGGGGAUGAGGCAUGCCGGUGGCAUCUCCGGGGCCCUGCUGAAGGCGUUGCUGGGAGGUGGGUUAUCCCUGUGCACCCCUUCUUCCCCCUCCCCUCCCCCCUGCUUGCCUGGGAGCACUUGUCAGUCGGUUUCUCAUCUCCACGCUGGGUCCCAAGACCCGGCUGCCUUUGAGUGAGCUGUGGGGGGCCCCUCGCAGGCCGUUCCUGUCAGGCUCAGGCUUGAUGUGUGGUGUGCGGGUUGGUCCAGCUGAUGCAGUGCAGCACAAAGACCCCCCCUCUGCUCUACCGAACGGGGGCAGGGGUGGAAGUGGUGGGCACAGCUGAUGGCGUGUAGAGCUGGGAGAAUGAUGCGGCAAGGCUGAAUCCCUGCUGUGUCGGGACCGGUUCUGAGGCAUGAGCAGGGCGCGGCCUUGUCAGUAAUGAGGAGAAGGGACGCUCUAGGGAACAGCCCUGCGCUGUCUGGUGGGGCGGGAAAAGAUGACCCCACUGGCCUCUUUGAUCUCUAAUUUCUCUCCUCCUUGGCUGGCUGACAGGCAGAGAGAGGGCAGGGAUUGUUGGAUAGGGCUCUGCCAAGUCUCGCAACAUUGAUCUGUCUCUUAAAGCUCCAGCUCCUGGAGUCUGGGGAUUGCAUCAGAAUUUCAGCUUGCUGGCUUGCUUUUAAAGACGUUUCUAGCCCUCGUGGUUGAAGAGUAAAGCUUGAUGACGUGACCCAGCCAUGACUCUAGUGGCUCAGAAGACCAAUAAAAUGAGCCUCCAAUUUUUCACUUAAAAAAUUCUGUUUGCCAGAGGCUGGGAAUAGGUGACAGAAUGGAUCACUUGAUGAUGACCUGUUCUGUUCAUUCCCUCUGAAGCACCUGGCAUUGGCCACUGUCGGAAGACAGGACACUGGGCUAGAUGGACCUUUGGCCUGACCCAGAGUGCCAGGCAUGAAAAUAUCACUUGGUCCCUCUGAGGUUACCGGGGCAGCUUUUAAUGCCCAAUCAAUGUGAAAAGCUCCCUCUGCGACCGCUCCGAAGUCCAUGGGGAUCUUCCCAAUGGCCUUCGGAUUAGGCUCUUGCGCUAGAGAGGCUGCUUUACCUCCCCCAGCCCCAGAGUGCGGUUUAGACAGAUCUGCCCCUGGGGGCUCUCCUUCCUCAGGGGAAGGGGCUUCUACAGCUCUGGAAGGGGCUAGCUUGGAGCAGUGGUUGCUUCCACCACAGAUGGGAGACGCUUCCCUCUGAUCCAGAAGAUUUUUGCCUCUGGCUGCUGACUUGAGGCUUCCCAGAAGUAGCUAUGGCAUCCAGAAGAUGCACUGUCCAAACCCGCCCCCCCUGCCCGCCCCCGGCACUUCCUUCAUCCCUGCGCUCUGCAGAAGCGGGUAGGGGGACAGUCUGAUCUACUUAGUUUAAAAGCUGCAACAGUAUUUAACCCCUGCCAGGCUGCCUCCACGUCGCUUAGCGGGAAUGCACCCACAGGAGAACUGUCCUUUCCUCGGCAUCAAGCCGGCUUCUCCCUUGUGGCAAGGACGCUGUGGUGUGUUAAUAACCAUUUGGGAUUAUCCAGAGCAGCAGCAAGCCACUGCAGGGAGCAGCAGGGCCAGUAACCACCACAGUGGCUCGCACAGGGAGGUGGGAGCCUGGUUCUGAGCGUUGCACAAACUGGUCUGACCACUGUCGGGAGGGGGUGGGAAAUCAAGUGUGCAAAAUCAAAGGCAACGACUGGGUCCUGGCCUGACCUCGCCUCUGAGCGCCCUAUGCAGCAGGGGCGGAGGUGCAGAAGGGGAGAACAACACACCGUGUUUGUGUGGCUCAUCCUUUUCCCUCAUGGCUUAUAACCUGCGUUGGGAGGGCAGCAACCUUCGCGCAGGAGCUGCACUUGUUAAGAUGCUGCAUGAACGGCCUCUGGGUUCGUUAGCGGCCUUAGCGCAGGCGGAUUCCUAGUGCGUAGGAGACGGCUUUGCUGGAGCAGAGACAACCAGGGUUACACCAUUAACAUCCACAGAAGAGAAGCAUGGGGGAGAAACCCACUGGUGGGGAAGGCUCACUUGGCCAUAGAUAAACCGGGACCAAGCCCUCUCUGCUUAUUAUGUGAUACACACCGAGAAUCUGGCCUGACAAACAGCCAGAGCUGUGGGAAUUCCCCCCCCCCAACCCCAUUACGAUUCUGUUUCUCUGUCGCUGCAGACCGAUUAGAAUAAUCAAGUCAGACAGUGGUCGGGGGGCGAGGGGGGAGUUGUGCAUCUCUCCAGUUUUGUCCAGGGAAAUCUGUGCAAUCUGUGACUCUGGAAGCUACUGCAGUGUUUCUCAAACACCUUUCCCCUGGGCUGGCGUGCCGGGAAAUCAGACACCGGCUCCAGACAAGGGUGCUAGUCUGGGUCCCUAGUUUCUUUAUCUUUUUUUUUUUUUUUAAAUUGGGGAGCAAACUGUUUUCUUUUGCCACCUCCUGUUGCUUCCCUCCCUUUCCCUGUGGUUCUGGAACUAGAAUUCAGCAAAACUAGGAAGGCAGAGUGAGAGUGUGUGUGUGUGUGUUUUCCCCUAGCCCAAACAACCCCUAGCCCACACAGAGACCUUUCUUAUUUGUCCUUUUAUGUGAUAUGAAUGUUGCAUCGGGUUCUCUGUGUGUGGUGGUUGGGUUUUUUUUUGUGUGUGUGUGUGUGUGUGGGGGGGGGGGAUUGUAUGAGCCAAUAUCCCCACCACCCUCCUCACACACGCGUGCACAGGUGGGCACAUGCAUGUGCAUGCACACAUGCUGAUCAUUGUUCCUUUCUCUUUUCUUCUUUUUUUUUUUUAUUAACCUUCCUUGGCUGCGUUCGAUGUUACUUUCCGAUACUACGCAGCAGAUGGCAGCUGCAGAAAUUUCAGUGUAAGCUAUUUAUAUUCCAAGCUGAUCGUUCCCACUGUAUUUUAUUUCUGUAUGUAAAUAUGAGUUUGGAUCUACCCAAGGCAUGGUUUUGAAUAGUUCAAUAUUUGCAUGUCUUUCCCUCCCCGCCCACCCCCCGUUAUAUUGAUAUGAUGGUUACUGAUUUUUCAAGCUUGUGAUUUUUUUUUUUUUUUAAACAAAACCGAGGAAUAAAACAAAGACGCCCUUGCCAAAAAACUAAAACCCAACCCCAGCCUUGAGACCUUUAGGGGGUUAAUUUGCGCAGCUGCUGCCUCUUGUGAUCCAUUUCAGAAAGAGCUAAGCACAGUAGGGGCUUGAUGCUCCUAGAAAUCAAUGAGAAAAUUCCCAUUGACUUCAGUAACGCAGGAUCACCCCAUGCAGGCCGCCUCCCCUCCUUUUGGAUGAUUUGUUGCAAGUCUCCCUCUUUUAGUAGAUGUCCCCGUCUGUCUGUGGGACACUGGUGGUGCCUGGGGGCACUGGGGGCAUGCAAAGCAGGACGUUGAGCUGGGACUGUGAACUGCUUCUAAGCUUGUGGAGGGAAUAGAGGAAGGCUGGAUUCUGAUGCUUUACUUCGGUAAAGCUUCCGUUGGGGCUGAUUGCUGGAGCCCUUACUUAGGCAGAGGUUACAAUGAAGUCCGUGGGAGCUUUGCCCAUGUGCAAACUUCAGGGUUUGGCCCAGUGGGACAGCUACUCAAGAGAACCCAGGUCUAGUGCUCUGUUCCGAGCUCUACCACGGAUCUGCUGAGUGGCCAGGGGCCAGUCACUUCCCUGCUUUGUGCCUCGGUUUCCCUGUCGGUACAAUGUGAAGCACUUCGAGAGGUAUGGACGAAAGCAUCAUUUAAGAGGCAUUAUUACUUAACUUGCAUGAGUAAGUGCACUUCAGGAUCAGGCCCUUUGUAAGGACUGGCCCAUCUAAUUCGGUGAAUGCAGGACGGUGUCCUUAUCUGGGGGAGACUAUCCUAGCCCCUCUUUGAUAACUGCUGUGCAGGGCCCAAUCCAAACUCCAUUCACAUCAGUGGGAAGAUUCCCGUUCAUUGCAGUGCGCGAGGACAGGGUGAACUGUGAUGCACCUAGGGUAGGGUUGCUGGGGGGUCCGUUGUGGGUCAUCUCAUGAGAAGGUUCUUGGUUUCCAGCUAGCGUCUUAAAGGCACAAAAGUGUGUGUGUGUGUGUUUGGGGGUGGGGGAGGGGAGAAAUUACCUCUCCAUAAAACUAAAUCUGCCACAUUAUUGAGAGCAGUGCGUGACUCCACUAAUCCCCAGCCCAGUUUAACAGCAGAUCGCAGAAUCCCUGGCAUCAGAGUGAACAGAUCCAGAGGGUCAGCCAACGCUUGCCAUGGCCAGCGUAACUCACUGCUCAGCCACUCCAGCCUUUAAGUGAGAGUAAUGCCUAGUAAUCAAAUGCUAAUUAAUUCAUUUACAGACUAAUGCACUGACUUUAUUGAUGCGCGUUCUCUUUACUUAGAAUAAUUUUUAAUGAGGGUGGCUAGGAGACUUCCUGGCAUAUUUAUUCAUUUUUCAAAUAAUUUGCAACAAACACAAAUCAUUUAACAAGUCAUUGGUUUUUUGCUUUGUAAUAGGAUUCAGAAAUCACCCCACCCCCACCCCGAGCACAGCCAUGUGCAUUCCCCUUUGGAGCAGUCUGCAAAACUCUUGGGGAUAUUGAUAGGAAUUAGAAGGGAGGCUGCAUAUCAAGAGCUUUUGAGUCAGACAGGGAGUUGGUGAAUUGCUGAAUAUUCAGGUUCAAUUAAACCUGCAGGCUACCGGAAAGCUGCCUUUUGUUGGCCCCAUUGGACCACUAACUUUCAAACUGACGUGCUGACCCGGUUAGGAGUCGGGCCACUCGAGCAGGUUUGGGUUGAAACACAGAAGAACGGACCCAUGAUUGGAGCUUGGCAUCCAGCUGCUGCUGCAGAGAAGUAAUCUGCCGCUUCCAAAGGAAUGAGACCUGUGGGCUUUGGGUAGCGCUGGCUCUGGGUCUCUCUUCCUUAAUGGGGCUGAAGGAGGGGAGUGCUAGGAGAUCGGGUUGCUUAUAAUUCAUUGUCUGGAGGUUGUGCGCACCUAUGUGUUGGCUUGCCAUUUCAGUUCAGCUUUUAGAAGUGUGGCAUCUUCCAAAGGGAGCUGGUGUUUCGUGAGUUAGGAGCAUCCUUUGUUCAUAGACCACCAUCUAAUGCGUCCCUGUGCAGGACGCAAUGGGGAUGGGAUGGAAUGGGACCAUCUAGGCCAUGUGUAGUGCGAGAACCAUGCUGGGACUGAUCUGCAAGGCUGGGGAUGCUAAUAUUAGUCAUAGAGUGUAAGUGAGCCAGUGGGAAAUCUGCAGGGUUGGGCCCGCACUCUCUAUAUGAUACCCAUGAAGGAAGCAUGGGCAGCUCCCUGAUGGAAAUUAAGAUCUAUCUCCACUCUUAGUUCCUGAAGGAAUUCUCCCAAGGGGCUGUCCAUAAACUACAUAGCGCGGUUGGUGAUUUUCAAGACGUGUCCCUUGUAACUCUGAAACAAACAUGCAAACUGAAGAACCCGCUCACCCCACCAUGUGUUGCAUAGUUUAGGGACAGCCCCCAGUGAAAGAAGCACAUGGGUGCAGGGCAAUUUCUCAUGGGGAUCCAUUGCAGGUGGCUGGGGAGAGGUUUGGGUCAAAUUCCAUCAGACUCCUGUGCAAAUCAUUCUCCUCCCCCUGGCAGCAGGAUGAGUAGAAUCUCAGUCACUGAGAUGAAGCUUGCCUCAGUUUGUUUUUUCAGGGGUGGAGGGAGGUGAGUUUCUAAGGUGGCAGUGGGGGACAGUUGAGUCUCCUUCCUGCUCAGGAGCCUGGUUCAUGGGAAGGUAUGACCUGGUCCAGGUGAAAUUACACCAUGGAAACCUCCCAUUAUUGGUAUUAAUGGAGACGCUUUAUCCCGGGUGAAGCCUGCUAGCAUCUCUCAGAGGUGGCGCCAUCUGUGAGGGGCUCUGAUUGGCUACACCGUGGAACGACACUCGGCUCUGGAAGGGUCAGCAAGAUGCUUUUCUUUCAAUGGGCCUGCUCUGCCCAGGACUUGUGGACACUGAGCAGGAACCAGGCCCCAAGAGACUGGAGGGGAAAUUGCGCUGGGAGUCUUUUCCUGUUCUGUUCCUUUUGCAGGAAGACCAGGCCUACCUACUGGUGCUGCUGGCCUUGGAAGAGAUAGUGAGUGGAUUGUCUUCCCCUCUGACCCCAGCAUGUGGCCAAUGGUCACUUGCAUCACAGGGCCAACUUGUGCUCCUGGUUAUGCUAGCUGAAUGGGCUUGAUCUAAUUCCCCCUGAAGCCAGCAGUAGUUAGCUCUGGGGGGUGGAGAAGAGAGUCUGGUCUCUGGAGUCUGAGGCUGUCUCCGAAUACGAUCCCGGUGAGUCCAAGCCAGUGGACGUUGACGUCAAUGGAAAGAUGUCCCCUGACCUCAGGAUCAGGCCCCAGGAGAGAUGGUGCGAAGAAGUUUUAGGGGUAACCCAAGUAAAAUGCGUCACCGAGGAGGGCAGGUUUCGUCCCUCUCCCCACCAGGCUAAUUAGGAAGCAAGCAGGGUUGGUAGAACACCCUGAUUGUGGGAGGGCAUUAAUUAGUGCUCACGCCUUUGCCCGUGGUGCUUUUAGUGAGCAGGCAAUUAGCAAUGGACUGGUGGGUGUAGGCCAUGAAGAAGUGGCUUUUUAUAAAGGUGUCUGUCUGUUCUGAGCUGGUCACUGCCCCAUUUAGAUUUGAACACGAUGCACCAAGGGUUUGCACCGUGUGUGUUUUUUUUUUUUUAUUACUCAGCAUCUGGAGAUUUAUUAAACCUGAAGCUUGGAAGACCAAUAUCCCCUUCUGCCCACAGCCACAAAGAACAAUGACCAGUGCCCUACUCUGAGGGAUCCCUUCCCUUCCCAUCAGGUGUCUGGGUUUGGCUAUAGGCCCGGACUGUAACCUCCCGCUCUGGGAGGGGUGGUGUGAUUGCAGCUCGUGUGGACACCCACAAGUUACCUUCACCCUGCCUAACUUGGGUCCUGGAGCAGGGAGGCCGCAGUAGCACAGACUGGACCCUGCUGGGACCCCAGGUAACUGCUCGCAGGGCCACCCUAUGCUGAAGCACACGCCGCUGUGGUGUUCCAGCCAGGGAGGUUAACGCCGAGAUACAUCUACUGAGCCCCAGCCCUACCCCGGGACAUCCCCUCCCCUUCGUGAGGGGCACGGAUGGGAGGGAUCAGGCGAGGAUGCUUCUCCAAACAUAGCACAGCUUCCUUGGGCGGGGUGGUGGGGCGUGAACCGGAGCCCCCUGAAAUCAGUGAAAGGCGCCUAGUGACUCAAUAGGCUAUGGACCGGGUCUGUGGGAGAACGCAUCCUUGUGCCAUUUCCAGCACUUUCUGGUUCCAUGCAUGAGGCAUCAGAGCUGGGGGAGCACAGAAAAUUUUCUGUGUGUGUGCACGCCCGUGCCCCUUUUCCCAGCAGAAUUCAGCCAAAUGGCAAUUUUGCAACUGAAAAUGUGACCCUGGGGUUUUGACAGUGCCUUUCAUUCUGGACGGGUUUCAGGCAGGGAAAUGGGCUCAGUUCCCCUGCUUCCUGGGUGGAGAAAUAACCUGGGGCAGUUUAGCUGAAAGGGAGAGAUUAUGACACAGUGCCCCAAGCUUCGAAUGUUGUCAUUUCAUUCUCUGGCGCCUACAGCAGGGCUGCACAGAGGUGUAUGGGGACACGGGGAAAAAUCUGAAACAGAGGUGCCCAAAAUUACUACUGUGUAUGUGUGGAAGGGGGGCAGGCGGAGAGAGUUGAGAGAAUAAGCCUACCCUGCAGAGGCAGAUCCUGGUGCCCCAGGGCUGGGUCUGCCUCCUUGCUUUGGACAUUGUGACUUGGGGUUCCAGUGCUUCUGCCAUUGUACUCAGCAUCACGUUCUGCUCAGUGGUUAGGUCACUAGCCUAAGGCAAAGUGAAUUUAAGUCCCUCCUUUGACACAGAUUCUCUGCAUGACCUUGGCCAAGUCACUUAACCUCAUUGUUCCUCAGUUACAGGAGCAGAAUAGUAGGGCUGGUGAGGAUAAAUACAUGAAAAGUUCAGAGAUGCUCAAGUACUAUAUAAUGGGGGCUGGGGAAGAUGAGAGGAUUGUUAGUGAACAUGGUGCUGAAAAUGGGGUGUCCUGUGUUUUGGGGCUCCCCAUUAGAGCUAGCCAGAACAUUUUCUAUUAAAGCGUUUUUCGUCAGAAUUUGCUGUUUCAAAGCCAAGGUGUUUUGUAGACUAGUAGCAAUUUUGACAUGGCUUUUCUGAGCUGCAGGGUGGACUCGCCAGUCACUUUCAGAAAAGCGGGAGACAGACACCCAAAUUAAAAACCUGACCUUCUCAGUUUCAAAGCGGACACUUUGACAACUUCGUUUGGUGAGAACAUUCCAAGGGGUUUGGGUUUUGUUCCAAUGCUGAACAAAACCAAAUGUCAAAACCGCAUGAAAUGGAGUUGUCAGUCUCCGGCUAGCUCUCCUCCCAAUGCUGCCGACACCCAGGUCGCUGAGCUGCUCUUAGCAAAUGGAAAUUUUAGAAAAAACAUUCCUAGGCUUGACAGGGUCCAAAAUGUGAAUGCUUCAGCCACAGCUAACAAGGACAACCAUUUUGUGACAUGUUUCAGGAGCUGGAAAGGCAGCAGUGCCCAGAGCAUGCAAGUUAGCCAGCUCUUUGGAAACUGCCAAACAAUUUCGUUUGAGUUUUUUGGAGCAAAGAUUCAGGUCUGUUUUGCCUUUGAUCACAGCUGGGUUGCCUGUUUUCCAUGUGUGUGAAACUGUACAAACUGCUGCUCUGCAUCCCCAUUCACAACCUCAUUCAGGAGGGUUUUAUAGCUCACUCUGGUAUGUUUACUCACCAUGAAACCUACCAGAGUAGGGGUUUGAUCUUGCCAGGUGCAGGGAGUGGGGCAGGCUGGGAAUUUUUGUUCUGUCAAAACUGUUCACAGGAAAGAUACCGUUUCAACAAUUCUCCCAAUGAUUUUCUUUGGGGAAACUUUUUUGAAAUUGGUGAAAUGGGUCAGUUCAACGUUUUCUAAAUGAAAGUUUCCACUCUUUUUUUGGUUCAAAGCAAUUUUUUUGUUUCAAAAUUUAAGGUAGAGUAAAGUAAAAAAUUUAAAAAAGGACAAUCAAAACAAUGUUUGUUAGACCUGAUCUAUUUCCCCACUGAUUGUUUGCAAAAAUUUUAGAUUGACUUUUUGUCCUGAUUUGGGAUGGGAUUUUUUUUUAAAUCCGAUUUGCCCAGGACAAGAAAACUGUCUCUCACUCACCUCCAGGACAGAGGGGCUUCAGCUUCUGCUCAAGUCAAUGGGAGCAGUGCGCGCCCCAAAACUCAUUUGUCCUCUGCACCUUGCAGAACUGAGCUGUACGUGAAAGUCCUUCUAGGAAGUCAGUAAAAGAUCUGUAGAGUAAGUCAUUCAAAGGUGCACCUUUCAGCUGGUUCUUUUAAUUGCACCUACUGAAACUAACCCCACACUUGAGCUACGGCACUGAAAUUUGCAAGCUUGGCCUGAGGACCUGGGGGAAGAAAGUAAAUACCAGCCCCAAAGAACUGAAACUCCCAGGUAUCAUGUAGGGCUGGGAAGGGGAACAGACAUGCAAAGGCCUUUGCAUUUGCAUGGAUUUGUUGAAAAACCUGCCUGCAAUAUGGACCAUGUGAAUACUUGGCCCCAAUGUUACAAGUGGGCAGAGGAAAAAAAACAUAGGCUUUACAUCUAAACGAUUCACCUUUUAAAAUGCCCCCACUGUUUUCCUCUGUCCCUCCGAGGGCUGUUAAUUCCCACUGCGGAGCCGUGUCCCCGGAUCCCUCCUCUUUAGAUCAAGACAACGGCUGAGCUGUUCCGUUUCGGGAAGCAGCAAGUGGCGUCUGCCGACAAAGCAGCCAGGCAUGGCUUGGCAGGAGCCUGGCAGCGGGGCCGUCGCGGGGCUGAUCUCCAAGCAACGGCUCGCCAUGGGACAUUAUUUUUAAUUGCUCCCUUCGCUCCGUGUUGUGACACUUGAAUCAUGUACUGAUUCACCUCGUGCAGCGUCCCAAGCUGUUUGCAAGGGCUGCAGCAAGACCUGCAGGCAGUCUUCGCCUUGCAGUGGAAGUAGGAGGAUUUCAGGCUUUGGUCGGGGCCUGCUGGGAGCUUCUGGCUCUUCCAAUUUGGGCGCUGGUGCAUCUGCUACGCUACAGCCAUGGAGGCUCUCUCUUGCUGCUGUCUUGGUCGUGGCUUCUGAAAUGCUUCCAAACUUGGGGCCCUUCCUGCCCCUUUAUGCCCCUCCUGUGUCAAGGAAACUGUCUACCCCUGCACUGCCAGGCCCCUCCUGCUCUCAGCAAUGGUGUUUUAGGUGCUUGCUCUGUAGAUCUUCCCAGUUGGGCCUUUUUGACCCCAUCUGGUUGGGAACUUUUUGUCAGUGGCUUUUCAUUGAAACACGUUUGAUUCUCCCUGGGAAAGGGUCAUUUUUAGACAAAUUUCCUCAACUUGGGACCAAGUUUAGAAGUUGUCAAAAGGUCCCCUUUCUACAUUUGUUGAAGGGAAAAAAUUCUGUUUUUUCUGGUUUGAAACCAGUUUUGGUUUUGAAAUUUAAGCUAGUAAAUUUAAAAAAAAAAUUGUUUCAAUUAACCCCGAUUGACUUUUCCCCCCCACACCCCAGAUUUUCAGUUCAUGUUUGAGAUUUUGACUUUGUCCCAAUUUGGAACUGGAAUUUUUUUUUUUUUUUUAAUUGUGAACAUUUUCAUGCGAUGGGAAACCAGUCUCCAGUCAGCUCUGCUUUUGACUUUCUGGUCUCAGUAGCUCCAGCACUUACCCUGGGUCCCUGGCAGCCCCCUCAAAGCAUUUUAAAUCACCCAGGGGUUUAAACGCACAGAUAACGCUUCCCAUUUGCCACCACCAAAAACCGUCUCCAGGCCCCAGCUCUCCCUUGGGGAGCUCCACGGGCAUGGCCGAGGGCAUGUGGUACAAGACAUGCUGGAAAGCCUUAGAGGCACUUUUUGCCCCCUGUGCUUGGUAUAUUAAUGCAGCACUGAAGGGACUCAAUAUAGCCCCGCUCUGAGCCUCCUUCACUAGGGAUGUGGCUGGCUGUUCAGGCCCAUCUCUGGCUCUAGCAUUAAACCUGCAUGUCCCAACUCUUGAUACAUUUCAUCUAGAUUGUUUUAUGUUGGAUGAAAUUCACCCCCCCGGACAGGGUCUAACUAAGAUACUUUUCAGCCCACCCCCCCUAUAUCUGAGCAGAACACUCCUGGGAGGUAGGGCAGGGCAGGGCUACUAUUCCCAUUGUACAGAUGGGAAACUGAGGCACAGAUGAAGUGACUUGCCCAAGGUCAUACAGGAAUUCUGUAGCACAGCAAGGAUUAGAAACUUGCUCACCCUCUCCAAAGGGAUCCGUGCACCACUUAGGUCCCACUAAAGCCCAUUUUAAAGACCUAAAAUGGUACCUAGGGGGUUGUGCUAGACCGCUCUACACAGGGAUGAAUUUCACCACCCGAGAAGAAUGGCUACAGACAGCCAAUGUCUAGUCUGCCUCCUGUGUUUGAUUCACUAAUUCUGUUCCCUCUUGUAGGCGUUUCUGAAGCUUUCACCCUCCAAAAAAGCUGGGUCUGGGGUUCUCUUUUGUACAGGCUUUAUUGUUGCACAAGGGACCAACACCCCCCCUCACCCACUCCAAAUCAUCUUGGAGGCCUGAGAAAUGCAGUCGAAAUACGUAGUUCUUAAGGGUCUAGUGAAGUCUCUAGGAGUUAUUUCUAGAAGUGGGGGGUUAGAUUUUUACCUAAAUGUUUCCCCCCCCCCCCCAAAGGAAAAACACCUUAUUGAUCAAAACGAAAAGUGUUAACAGCAGCCAUGGAAGCCGAUUAGCCUUUCCAUUUUGGGUUUUAAAAAAAAAAAAAAAAGUCAAAACAUUGCAGUUGAUUUUCAAAAUCUGAAAAUUAAACCUUUAAACAAACAAUGGCUUCCAGACCCCAAACGUUGUCAGUAUUCCUUCCCCCAUCCCCAGAUCAAACAUUUUUGCAGGAAA